CCCGGCCCGGCCCGGCCCGGCGGCGCGGGGCUCCCAGGGCGCCGCAGCGUCCUGGUUCCCUGCGCUGCCGCCAUGUCUCGGAGCCCCCCUGGCAGCGCUGACGACGACGAGACCUUUUUCCCGGAGUACCGAUGCCACCCGGAGCUGCGGGUGCCCCCGCCUCCGACCUCCCCCGCAGGGAAGAUCGGCUCCGGCACGGCGCUGGACGGCGCUUCGUGCUCGGCAGCGAGCUCUCCCGCCGCGUCGGAGCCCCGCCGCGUCGUCCUGAGCACGGAGAGCCCGGCGGCGCUGAAGGUGGGAACCCAGCAGCUCAUCCCCAAAAGCUUGGCUGUCUCCACCAGGACCAAGACUCCCUCCCGGCACCAGAGCCCUGGGGCAGCGGGGUCGAGUAAGGAGCCCCUGGGCCCCGACCCGAAGAGGGCCUCUGUCCCCAGCGCCUCCCCGGAGGCGGAGGCGGAGGUGGACGAUGACUUUGGAGGGGCUCUCAAGCGCAACCUGAGGAACAUGUCGUACCGCGCAGCCAUGAGGGGCCUGGGCGCGGAGCCCCUCGGCGCCGCCACCGCGCUGAAGCCGGUGCCGGAGGAGGGGAGCGCCCCGCCGGCCCGCAGCCCGGGCAGACACAAGAGACCCCUCGGGCGGAAGCGAGUGCAGAAGCGCGGCGGCUCGUUCAAGGACCAGCCCCGGCUGUACCAGGAGAUCCGAGAGCGAGGGCUGAACUCCGUCGGCCACGAGUCAGACGAGGAUUUGCUGGAGGAGCCCGUGCCGGGAGAGCCGUCGCCUCCCGACGCCGCGAUCGUGGUGCGGAGCUACCGCCCGGCCCAGGUCACCUGGAGCCAGCUGCCCGAGGUGCGGGAAGCGGGCGUCCUGCAGAGCAUAUCCGCGGAGGAGCGCAAGAGGCAGGAGGCGAUGUUUGAGAUCAUCACCUCCGAGUACUCCUACCUGCACAGCCUGAGCGUCCUGGCGAGCCACUUCCUGAGGUCGGAGGAGCUGCGGGAGACCAUGACUCAGACGGAGCACCACCACCUCUUCUCCAACGUCGGCGACGUCCUGGCGGCCAGCGCGAGCUUCUUUGAAGACUUAGAAAAGCGACACCAGGAAAGCCUCCUAAUUCCUGACAUCAGCGACAUCGUGGAAGAACACGCCACAAACCACUUCAGUCCUUACAUCAGCUACUGCUCCAAUGAAGUCUAUCAGCAGAGGACGCUUCAGAAGCUGCUAGCCACAAACCCCACAUUUAAAGAGGCCUUGAAACAAAUUGAAAGGAAGCCAGAGUGUGGAGGCCUGCCAGUGAUCUCGUUUCUCAUUCUCCCUAUGCAGAGGGUAACACGGCUUCCUCUGCUGUUAGAUACUCUCUGUCAAAAAACAAAAGCAUGCACUGCAGCGUACGGAGCUGCCACCAGAGCGCUGAAAGCCAUCAGCAAGCUGGUGAAGAGCUGCAACGAGGGAGCUCGUGCUAUGGAGAGGACAGAGCAGAUGUACACCUUGCAGAAGCAGCUCGAGUUCGGCAAAAUGAAGCCUUUUCCGUUGAUUUCUGCUUCCCGCUGGCUGUUGAAGAGAGGGGAACUCUACCAGCUCCUUUCAGAAGAGGCAGGAAUCUUCCGCAAAGGCUCUGGCAGAGUUUGCUACCUCUUUCUGUUCAACGAUGUCCUAAUCAUAACCAAGAAGAAAAGUGAGGAGAGCUACAUCGUAAUGAACUAUGCCACGCUGGAUCAGGUAACAGUGGAGAAAAUAGAGAAUAUGGACCCACCUUCCCCUCCUCCUGCCAAAGCAGGGCCAAGCGGCCCAGCCCGCGGCGCAGCAGGCGGGCACCUCUUCAGAGUGGUCAUGGAAAAGAACAGCGAGAGCGGGCGAGAGGAGAUUGUCCUGUCGGCAGAGACUCUGAGCGACCGGGCCCGGUGGAUUGCUGCACUGAUGCACAGAGAGAAGGAAAAGCCUGACACCACUCCUAGAGGAAACCUGAGCCAAGUGGAGAUAACCCAGGCCUACCUGGCUAAACAAACGGAUGAGAUUUCUCUACAGCAGGCAGACGUUGUCCUGGUCCUGGGUGGAGAGGACGGCUGGUGCUGGGGUGAGAGGCUCAGAGAUGGUGAAAGGGGCUGGUUUCCCCAGUCCUGCGCUCGGCAGAUCACCAGCCGCCUGGCUGUGGAAUGCAACGUCCGCCGGAUGGAGCGGCUCCGGAUAGAGACGGACGUGUAGGUUGCGAGCCAAGGAAAAAAGCCUCUGUCUUGACUUGAUUUCUGGGGUCUUCAACCCUCUGCAGACUGAGCCCACAGCAAGAAGAACCUGGGAGGUCCUUUCCUUUCGAAUUUUUGUCUCGAACAGCCGCAAGAGCUAGGUCUUCCUGUUCCAGACUGCUCUUUGUAGCAGCAGUAACAGCAGUUAAUUAACAUGAGACCUGGCAUCCAAGUGCUCCUGGCUAACGCUCUCGCAAUCACCUGGAAGAGGCUUCAAGCAGUAGCCAAGGCAUUGGCUCUUGUUCUUAAAAAAAUAAACCUGACAAGGCUGCGGCUGAGUUCUUGGGUUCGGAGAAGUGGCUCAUGUUGCCAACUCUUCCCCUUGUUGACGUCCGGGCCGUUGCUGCACACCUUGCAGGUGAAAUCCCUUGGCCUAGGAGAAGUACCCCUGAAUCAAGAACGUUUAGGACCUUAAAUCUGUAUGGUAGACUUAUUCCUUGGCAAGAUUUUGGAGCUGGUCUCGUGGACUCAGUGCUAGGGCCAGAAAUAAUGUUCAAACCAUAGGGAGGGGAAUUCACACAAGGAGAGCAGAGCUGGGAGCAGGAAAAGCAAGGCUGCAGUUCCUGGAGCUUUCCAGGCUCCUUAUCAGUCUUUCAACCUGUCACAUAGCAGCGAAGGGCAAGGCGGACGUGUCCGGGAAGAGCAUGAGGUUUUCAGUCCUGCUGAAGAAGAGGUGUAAUCGGGGAGGUUCAAACCUCAGCCUGCCAGCAUGCAGGAGAGUCGUUUAUCCUGCUUUUCUCCCCAGAAGUUAGUGCCUACAAGUGAUUGAUUAAAGAAGAGGGCUGGGGCAGAUUAGUUGUUCUGUGGUAGCUGAGUAGUUUAGGUUUUUAAUGGGUCAAAUGUUUAAUUUACUAAGUCCUUCGGAGACGUUGCAGGAGACAGGGCCAUGGCAGCUCCGUUGGUCGGUGUGCCAGCCGACCAACCGAGGCAGCCCUCCUAACCAGAGGGACGUUGCUCCGUGUGAAAAGGAGGUGCUAGUUCUGCUUUUCCAAGCAAGACAGUUCACUUCGCCGUCUUGAUGUGGAUUCUGAAUGGUAGCAUUACCCCAACGGUUCGAGUUUGACUGGACUGUAAAGGGAUUAAUCACACUAACAAUAAAUUCUGGGAUCCUUAUGAAAAGUAUGCCCUUUCUGCUUGUCCAAAUUAAAUUGCGCACAACAUGA